AUGUCUUCACUAAUAACUGCUGUAUUUAAAGCCACUAUCGGCCUGUUGGUGAAUAAAGGAAGAGAUAAACUGGCAGAAAAGUUGAAUGAGGGUGAUGUUACAGAUCAGAAAUUCCGUGGCCUGAUCGUCCGUGAAAUCGAUGAAAUAAAAUCGAAGUUGGAUGGUUUAGCAAGAAAGGAUUUGCUAGCGAGUAUCAGCCUUUUUAAAGAAGGGAUCGAGUUGUUGUAUGAGGUGUUUGAAAGUGCCAGGUCCAGUAGCGAGCAUCGCGCGAUAACAGCAGCUGCAACGGUUGGUGCUGAGCAAUUCGAUAUUGCUAAAGAAAUAAGGAAUUUGGAACUUUCUUCCCUGGAUGAGUCCGCCACGAGGAAACUUGGGAGAGCGAAGAAGAGAUUUGAAGAAGCUCGUCUUGAAGCAAUAAGAGCUUUUAGUAAUGAAGCUUUGGAAUUGCCUGAUCGUCUGUUAGCUAUGCAAUAUCGACUGAUGGCGACAAUACUGGAGACCGUUGACAAUCCUACCGACGCAUUAGCGGGUUGUAGAGUCUGCCUUGACGAGUUACACCAAGUGCCAGCUGUUAAAGAAUAUUUCAAAGUUGAGUUGGAGGAAGGGUUGAGGGCUCUUUUUAACAAAGACGAAAGAAGGCAAAUAAUUUUUUCUGUCUGUCACGCUAAUCGUGUGAUCUAUGAUGUAAUGAACAUGCUCGGUAGUGUAAAAACAUGGACGUUGCCUUGUGUUGAAACUGGGAAAGAGAAAGUGGAUCCUCUCCGCGACGGAAGAGUUGUUAAAGCGCUGAAAAAACAAGGUAACGAGCACUGCUGUUUACUAUGGUCAUUUGGUCAGGAGGGUGAAGAGAAGCACAAGCUGACGGAUCCUUGUGGUAUCGCUACAAACACCAAAGGACAGUUCCUGGUGGCAGACAAUGGGGAUAAAACCGUGAAGGUGUUUGAUAGCAACGGAAAGUUUGAUUUUAGGUUUGAUCCUCAAACUGAUGACGCCGAUACAGAGUUAUAUGUUUUGGAUGUCGCAACUGCAGGCGAGGACGACGAGAUCUAUCUAUUGGUGCAACUGAAGAAGCCUGGGGCUUUGAAAUGGGAGCUAGAUACGGAAGUGCAGUUUUUUAACAAGACUGAUGACAUACAGUACACGUUUCCUGUGAGGAGCGGGUACUCGGUCAGCAGACUAACAGUGAGCAGCGGCAAACAACGCGGCAAAAUUCUGCUGCUGGGAGGCAAGGUUUGCCUGGGCAAGGUUGUUAGUGUUCACGAGCCAUUUGGUAAGUUUGUUGGUAGCUUUGGUUUGAGAGUGUUCAAGUGCGCAACAGACAUCAUUGCUACUUAUGAUGGUCGCGUCAUGAUAGUGGACCAAGACGAUGACAGUUUGUACUUAUUUGAUGUGGAGGGACACCAGCUUGGCAAAUUUAAUAUCAAAUAUGAGAGAGAUGUCUAUCUUCGCAUUGCAUGUCACCCGGCAAGUGACCAUGUCGUCCUCACUGGUUAUGAACGAGAGACACGCCGUCUGACGCUGGCUAUAUACACUGUUAAUGGUGAAUUUGUUCGCAGAAUUCAGCUGGAUGAAGUAGCACGUGAUGUAAGUGGAAUAACAGUGACCGUGGAGGGUCACAUUGCUGUGGCUUUUAAGGACAUGGAUGGUAAAGGAAAGGUAAUAGUACUUGGUUAA